GGGCGCGGUGGCGAUGGCGGAGGAGGCGACGCGGCGGGCGGUGGCGGAGCUGCCGCUGCUGCGGACGGCGGCGGGGCCGCGGGACCGGGAGCGGUGGGCGGAGAGGCUGAAGGAGGAGUACCGGGCGCUCAUCCAGUACGUGGAGAACAACAAGAACGCCGACAACGACUGGUUCCGCCUCGAGUCCAACGCCGAGGGCACCCGGUGGUUCGGGCGCUGCUGGUACAUCCACGAGCUGCUCAAGUACGAGUUCGCCAUCGAGUUUGAUAUCCCGGUGACGUACCCCAGCACCGCCCCCGAGAUCGCCAUCCCGGAGCUGGACGGGAAGACGGCCAAGAUGUACAGGGGGGGCAAGAUCUGCCUCAGCGACCACUUCAAGCCCCUCUGGGCCCGCAACGUGCCCAAGUUCGGGCUGGCGCACCUCAUGGCGCUGGGGCUCGGCCCCUGGCUGGCCGUGGAGAUCCCCGACCUCAUCGCCAAGGGCCUGAUCCAGCAUAAGGAGAAGUGAGCGGGGCACGGGGGGGGGCAGCGCACCCCCGGGAGGUGCUGACCCCCCCCCCCGCAGCCCCUCCCCCCCCCCCCCCUUUUUCCCGCUGUCCCCCAAUAAACGCUGCAGCCCUC